AUGCAGCGGGGCCCAGCCCAAUUGAGUUCUGUGUCAGACCUGUACGUUAGUGACGAAAUAUCGGUGCUGCUGGAAGAGAUUCACGAUUUGGAACCAAAAGGAAACAUUGCUCCUAUUGACGACGAACAGGAGUUUGAAAUCAACGGCAGUCAAACGGGAGGUUCGUGGUUGGAAGUAACCAACAGUAUGGCGGGCACCCCUGGGUCAUGGGAUUCCCAUGCCAACUACAAACACCAGGAAGCGUCUAGAGCUAGGUACAAUGGAGUAGUACUGCAUUAUGACAAGAGGCCUAUGAAAACCCCAUCGGGUGUGAUUCGAGUCUUGUUGCUGGUGACUUGUGCCCUGUGCAUGUUGUGCCUGUGCUUUGCUGGCACUUCCCGGUUGGCUUUAUUUAUGCUACCAAUGUUAAAUCGGAUAAGAUUCAUUCUAUUUGUCACACUGUUCAAUUUUCUAGUCACCGGAGCUAUACUUUUUCUUGACGUCACUCACACUGUAUAUCUGUUUCCAUUCAACUGGGGUAAAUUGAAUGUAUUGUUUUAUGUCAUGAUGACUAUCUUGUGUCUCACAAGCUCUUCACUAGUUCUUCAUCAAGUGUAUUCAUUCCAUGAGUCUUAUACUUGGGUACCACGUGCAACACGCCAUCAAUUACUUGUGGCUGCAGCCUUGGGUUAUUUGUGUGCACUUGAGACAUUGUUAUUGGCCUUGUUAAGUCGUUGCGAUGGUUUGGGUGGCUUACAUUAUCGUCACGUCAAAGAUGAUAUGACUAGUCCACCUAAUACAUUAGCAUUGCGUCAGAGAGUUCCACCACCACCUACCGUAGUGUAUUCUCCAUCACCUUCUCCUUCAUUUUGCUUACGAUCUAUCAACCCUAAGUCAUAA